AGGGAUACGAGUAAACUGUUCCAGCCUCUGUCAUGGAAUAGUACCUCUUAACCAGAAUUGUUUAUGUUGCUUGUAUUUCUUUUAACUCUGAAAUUAUUGCAAAAUAUUUCCCAAUAUUUCUCUUACGUUCGAGUUCACCAAACAGAAACAUGAGUCACGCAACCCUUAAACGAUCGUAGAAAUUACGAAUACGAAUACGAUGGAAACACAAAGUAGAGAAACAGAAUAUGACAGACAACACGAAAUGAAGUGUCGACGAUGCAAUCUUAAUUUAGUUUUGACACGCUAUAACAUGACGGUAUGGCAACUCAUACAUAUAUAGAUAUACACUCGUGUAAGAGUAUAUGCGAUCUAACAGUCAUCGUUACGAAAAAAUAUUGCUGAGAAAGGAAAUAUUUAUCGAUAAAUAGAAAUGACACGAUGAGUAGGAAAUUUGUCUAAUUAGUGAAUCGAAGUAACGCAAGUUACAGUGGGUAAACCAAACGUGGAAUCGCAUUUCGAAGUUUCGAAUUUGAACGUGGCUGGCGUUAACGGCGCCAAAAAUCAUUCUUGAAGCUUACUCGGAAAAAUAAAAGGUUCGAGGUGGACAGUAUUUUGAUUUAACGAGAAAAGUUGAAGGAAUCAAGGAUGUCAGGCGUACACAGACAGGCGUUGGACUCGCUGCAGCCUGGCGCGCAAAAUGCACUCGUCAUCGGCAUUAUCAUAAAUAGCUUCAACAUGAAAACUAUCGAUGCCGCUAGAACUAGGUUCAAUUAUGGCGAACGAGGCGUAUGGACAUUCAUGUUGCGCGAUUCCAAGGAAUAUUCUAUAAACGUGACCGUAUGGGGGAGCGUACAAUACGUGACAAAAUUAUCCUCGGAAUUUCAUAUCGGCAGCGUAGUGGAAGUGAUCAAUCCGAAAGUGAUGGAGCGUCGUCCAGACGACAGAAAUGAGCUUUUCGUGCCUUCUGCGACAAGCUCGUGCAGUUUGACGGUGAACGAGGGCAACGCGUUGGUGCAAUCCCAUGACGCACCAACACGUGCAAUGUAUGAACCGUUGCUGAGGCUCCCGAUUAAGAACCCGACCGAGCUGCGAAGUCUGAAAAGCAUAUUUGAGAACCUGGAGACGCUGCGCGAUCAAUACGUUGACGUCUUGGUCGUCGUCACGUUUGUACGUUUCGAACGGAUCGAGGAGUCGAUCGAGCUACCGUUUAUCGAUCAUAACAAAUUUAACUGUAUCGUACAUUCUUUGUUUCUCCGAAUGACUUGGAAGCAAACGAUGUAUACUUUGCAUGGCCAACAGGUUGGCGAUAUUCGUAACGUGAUGACCCGAGACGGAAGGAACAUAAAGUUCCGGAAGUUCGAAGUAACGGACGGGUCGACGGAAGACGUGGUGUCGUUCGUACUCUGGGACAACGAAUGGAUCGAAAGGGCAGCUUUCUGGGAGCCGAAACGGACUGUCCUUUUUCUCGCGGACGCCCGUAUCGCGUAUGAUAAUUUCAUGAAGAAAACUGCCUUGUCCAUAGCUAGGAAGACAGUGAUCACGGAAAAUCCGGACGUGCCCCAAACGACAACUAUAAGGAACUCGAUAAAAUAUUAUGAUCUAGACACGAUGUCCGGGAGCUCGUUCGCGCCGCCAAAUCGUAACGAUAGAAUCAAAUUACAUCAGACUAAAUUAUGGAAAAUUGUUUCUCUCAUUCCUUUGUUCUUCUUUCCGUUAGCGGAUACCAUUACCACCGUGAUGACCGUGCAAGAUAUCUCGAACAAAGUGAACAAAAAACCGAAACAAGGAGAGAGAAUCCAGUUUGCGACGAUUUUGAAGGCCUACGUGCUUGACAUAAACGUGGACAGCCUUAGUCCAAGAAUAAUAUCCAAAAGAUGCGCGUUAUGCAAGAGAAUCGUUCCCGACGAUCAGGACUCGUGUAUGGAUCUCGAGUGUCCAUCAGGCAACGGAACCCGUGCACCUAUGAAUACAAAAAGUUUCAAUCUAAAGGUGAACCUGAAAGACGACACUGGAUACCUUAUUGGCUGCAAAUUAACCGGUGACGCAGCUGAACGCGUUCUCGGUUGUACCACCACCGAGUUUCAGGCAAUGAUACUUCCUCAACGUGAAGAUUUAAAAUGGAAAUUUGCGUUGGAAAAAUGCGACAUCCGGUUGCACAUACUCGGUCCAACGACCGACUUCCCGAAUGCCGUGUACAAUAUUCUGUCGAUCACUCGAAGCGAAGAGGAAGACGAUGGAACAGACGCGCUCAACGAGUGUCUCAACGCGAAUUUUUAAUUACUUUUCACAAAUUACCAUCGUUAAAGAUUAACGAAUAUAUCGUAACAUUUUAGAACGACUCCAUUGUUAAGGAAAGUUUUGUAAUUAUAUGUUAAUGAACAAUAACGACAAGAGAAAAAUAAAUCUUUUAAAUUAAA